AUGCCCUGUCACGUAGAUACAAUUGUGAAAAUAGAUCAAAUCCGUCAAACUUAUAAAGAUAAAACUAAAUUAACAACAUACACUACUAGUACUUAUCUCAUCGAAAGCGAAGAUUAUGAACUUGAAAUGGUCUUAUUCAUACCAAUAAACGAUGAAGAAAGAGAUCCUAACACUCAAUCAGCUUUUGAAAAAAAUGAAUUUUAUUGUGUCAGUAGAAAAAUUAUGACAGUCACUUUCUUGACUCAUCUCAUGAUCAAAAGAGAUCUUGGUUCAAGCAAAUGCCCUUUGAAAGCUUCGUUUGUAGGAAUUAUGCAAGAUACGCCAACAAAAAUCGAUAAUGAAAAUGCAAUGAUUAAUGUGAAAGAAAUUCUCAAACAACAACAAAUUAUACAGAACCAAAAAAAUGAAUUUGUAACCAAUUUGGUUGCAGAAAAUUUAAAUACAGCCAGACAUACUACAGUAGAAGACAAAAAAGAUGAUUACACUGAAGAUAAUGACGUAUAUGAAAAAUGUAUAGAACAAAAUAAUAAUGAAACUAUAAACAAGAAUGAUGAAUAUAAAGAAAUUACUGAUAACAAUAAAAAGCCUAAACGCAAUUAUGAAAAACCAAACAAAGACAAAGAAAAAUGA